CUCAUGUCUCAUCCAAUGACUUUCUUUCUGCUAGAAAUCAAUCCUGGUAAAGUGAUUAUUGAGGGCAAAACGAAGGUGGUUCAUGGAGUGGCUGACAACCCAAGAGUCGUCUUAGUUGUGAACAAGGAUCGCAUUACAGCAGGCGAUGGUGCCAGGGCACAUGAUUUGGAGGGCAAGGCCGCUAUUUCCAAUGCCACGAAUGGCAAGGUCUUCAUGUUCCUUAAUGAGGCAGGUAUCAAGACAUCAUGGAUACGAACAUGUGACAGCACUACAUACUUGGCUCGUAAAUGCCACAUGGUACCACUAGAAUGGGUGACUCGUAGAGUUGCAACAGGGUCCUUCUUAAAGCGUAAUGUUGGUGUCACUGAGGGUUACCGAUUCACACCACCUAAGAUGGAGACAUUUUUUAAGGAUGAUGCAAACCAUGACCCACAGUGGAGUGAAGAACAGGUUUUAGAAGCAAAGCUGAAUGUUGGAGGUGUAGUGAUUGGGCGCUAUGAGUAUGAUAUUAUGGCACGUACAACUGUGACAGUGUUUGAGGUGCUGGAACGUGCAUGGGGGGCUUUAGAUUGUGCUCUCAUUGAUAUGAAGAUAGAAUUUGGAAUUGAUGCAGAAACUAAAGACAUCCUGGUUUCUGACACAAUUGACUCUGACUCCUGGAGAUUGUGGCCGGCAGGUGACAAAAGGCUCAUGAAGGACAAACAGGUAUACCGCAAUUUGAAGACUGUGACGGAUGAGGGACUGAGCGAGGUAAAGAGGAACUUUCAAUGGGUUGCAGACAAGUUGGAUAACUUUCUUCCCAAGCCAAGAGGACUGGUGACAGUAUUGAUGGGAUCCCCCUCUGAUGCUGAACACUGUGAGAAAAUCCAUGCACACUGUAAGAGGUUGGGUGUUCCCUGUGAGCUGCGGGUUACAUCUGCUCAUAAAGGCACUCAGGAGACACUUGCUAUCAUUGCACAUUAUGAAGGGCUUGGUAUCCCAGUGGUGUUUAUAGCUGUGGCUGGUAGGAGCAAUGGUUUGGGUCCUGUUACAUGUGCCAACACAUGCUACCCAGUCAUAAACUGCCCACCACUGAAGCCUGAGGAUGCUGCAAGAGAUAUUUGGUCUUCACUAAAUCUUCCCUCAGGUAUGGGAUGUGGCACAGUCAUGUACCCAGAAGCAGCAGCUCAGAGUGCCGCCUCCAUUCUGGCACUUAGUGACCAUGUCAUUUGGUCCAAAAUCCGGGCCAAGCAGCUCAACCUCUGGAUCUUGCUCAAGAAGGCUGACUGGGAUUUGGCUCAGUCUGUGCUGAAUAUUUCAACAUAAAAUAAUCAUAAUACAUACAGGAGCCUAAAGUUAUAAUAAUUUUUAUUACUAAUUAAAUAUUAAUACAGUUGUAUAAUUGGAUAGAGGGUUUGAUAUGAAUGCAAGAAUACAAAUGACAUUCAUAUUUAUCGACAGAAAAUUGACUGAGUAAUGUAUCUUGUGUGUUUACACAUUUUUUUUUAAAUGUUAAGUUUCCAGCUUAGAUAAAAUAUUGAUUAUUAUACUGCCUAAUUUUAAGCAUGAAAUUACUUUGUAUAAAAAAACUUUAUUUCUACCCAUAUUACAUUUUUUUUUUUCAACAAGUCGGCCGUCUCCCACCAAGGCAGGGUGACCCAAAAAAGAAAGAAAAUCCCCAAAAAGAAAAUAUUUCAUCAUCAUUCAACACUUUCACCACACUCACACAUAAUCACUGUUUUUUGCAGAGGUGCUUAGAACACAACAGUUUGGAAGCAUAUACGUAUAAAGAUACACAACAUAUCCCUCCAAACUGCUAAUAUCAUAUUACAUAUAUUACAUAUUACAUAUUGUAUCUUGAUUUAUAGUUGUCAUGAAAUAUUUGCUACUUGACGAUCACUGUAAGUCUUGCUUUUCUUUUCUAUGCGAAGUCAGUGCAAUUACAAUGCCAUGAUAUACUUAAAAUUAAAGAGUUCGAAUUUA